CAAUAGCAAGGCAUCAACCUGAUACACCGGCUUCUUUCCUCUUCCAGCAGUCAUGACGUGUGAACGUGAACGGGCUGCUAGAAAUUGCCAAUAUAAUAUCAGUGCUCAUAUUCAGAUGCAAGGUCCAGAUUCAGAGAAAUAUGAUGGUUUUUCAACUCCGAGGAUGUAUCUGUGCAAGAAAUACCUUGGCCGCGAGUAUUCUUCAUCAAAACGGUGCAAACGUAUGUAUGGGCCCAGCAGAUCACCAUAUGGCAACUAUGGCAAUUACUGGGGAGGUUACAGUCGCCCUCCACACCCUCCCCCUCCACCACCUAUUCCACCCCAUGAAGCACCCCCACCCUUCCAUCCACCACCACCACCUCCUCUUCACUUCCGACCCAUGAGACCCCCUCCACACACACUCCGCCCACCUCCUCCUCCACCUCCAAUACGGCUGCCCCGCCCCCAGCAGCAACCUUAUCCCCACCCACACCCGCCGUCCCGCCCGCCACACUACCGACAGGACAGGAAAGCACCACCCUCUCACCGUCCCCCACCUCCUGAGCAUCAGCCAAACCCUCCAUACUCACGGCCAAGACACAGCAAUGGCGGCUUGCCACAAAGAAGAGGCAGUGAGUUUGGACACCAGUCAGAAAAACCAGAGUCCGACCCUGCUUCCAAUAAACCAACAGAGCCAGUGGUUGGUUCUCCAUUAGUCUCAAGACACAAAGAGCCUGAUCCACCUCCACCUCCUGUCAAUAAAUCCAGCACGCCCAACAAUAAAAGGCCAUUACCUGUUGAGCUUGAUCCAAGCCUUCCAGAAGAACUUGUAGCCAAGUUCCACAAUAAUUCUUGUGAAUUAUGUGAUGUUAAGUUAAAUUCCCGAAUCCAAGCCAAAAACCAUUAUGAAGGCAAGCAGCAUCGGAAAAAAGUUAAAAACUACCUGGUGGAAAAUGCACGAAAAGAUGGUCAGCCUCCAGCAAAAAUAGCAAAAAUAGAUAUGUCAACAUCAAGAAAGAAAUUGGAGCCAUUGGAUGUAAGUCAGCUUUACUGCAAAUGCUGUGAUCUGAGCUUCACCUCAGAGCAACAUGCACAACAGCAUUACAUGGGGCGCAAUCAUCAGCGUGUCUUACAUGGCCUUAAACCACUAAAGGCAGGAUAUUAUAAUAAAGAGACUGGAAAAUGGCAGAGAAUGCCUCCAGAUCCCCGAGUGUCUGUAGAGAGGCUGGGGCUCAAUCUAGAGCCUCCAUCUGAGGAUGAAGGUGGAGAUUCACCAAAAAAGCCACUGGAUCCAGAUUGUGUCAAAGCAAGAGGAAGGUUUUUUUGUGAGCUAUGCAAUGUGUCGGCCACCUCCCAGGACCAGCUGGAUGGCCACAUAACUGGCCAGCGGCACCUCAAGGCUGUAAGACUCCAUGCAAAAAAGACGUCAGCUACAUCAACAGGUCCUAGUGAUAGCAUCUUGGCAAGUGUCAUUAAAGCUGAUGAAGCCAAGAAGACAAAGUCCAAAGAUUUGUCCAUAUACCGGACACCCUCAGGAAAAUACUACUGUUCCCCUUGUGACCUCACACUAAACUCUGAGAGUCAGUUUGCUCAACAUGUAGAGUCCAAAAAGCACAAGACGAGAAGAAUCAAGUGAUUGCCAAGAUUAAACAAAUCUUUCAAACAACCUUGUUCAUCAGUGGUGGACAAGAAGCACCUAUGCUCAGCAGAGGCUUACUAAGUUCUCAAAGAUACUGUAAGUACUUAAAUGUGUCUUGUACUUUUGUUGUUGCUGUUGUUGUUGCUGGGAGGGUUGAAUAUAUAUGAUUGUCAUCAGUUUUACAUGCAUUAGGGUUGGACUGUGUGUUGAAAGUUUUCAUACAGUACACAUACUUUAUGAAUUUAGUGAAUUUAUGAAGUAUAUGAUAAAUCCAAAUUGCCGGUUGGAUUUUACACACAAACAACUCUUUGACAUUACCUGUAAAAUAAACUCUUGGUUUUCUGCCCAUAACAAGAAGGAACCUUGUUGCAGUCCCAAUACAGUAACUCUUAGUGACAUGGAUCCAUUUUUGUUGUUCAUUUCUUAUUCUUGAAAUAGAAUAACAAGAGCAGUAAUUCACACAUUCCAAAAAUAAGCUCUAAGUAGGAUACAAUCUAUAAGAUACAGGUCUUCACACAAGAAGGCUAACACCAUUACCUAGUCAUAAGUUACUCUCAACACUACAUUCAUUAAGAUCUAAUGCAUAUUAUUUAUUACCUUAAAAAUCUUAGUCAGUGUUUGUAAUUUUGCUUUGAGCAUACAUAUUACAUAAAACGCUGUCAACUCUUAAGUGAUGAAUCUUACCAGUCUGCACUUAUGCCAUAGUAACUGAGGAAGUCUUUUGUUGAAAGAAAUCAUAUUUGAGCUCUUAAGGAGUUAUUUUUGUUUGUCAAAAUAUCAAAUAAUUUCAUCUAAUAAUAAAUUUAGAAAAUAUUCUUGUGAAAUAUAUUUAUUUGAAUAUAGUAUCUUCACUAUCUACAGUUUAGCAGUAAAGUGAGACCCUGAUAGAAUAGAAUAAACAUUCAAAUAAAUAAAAGUAGAGAAUCCCAUCAAUACUUAAGCUCAAGGCACAAUAAGAAGUGUAGGAUAUGAUGCACACUGAAUGGCAGCACCUGCAAGUGGAAACCAUUACUGACACAAUCAGUGUACUACUACAAGUGUGCUUGAAUGGUGCAAGCAGCCAGUCAGUAAUGCAUUUAGGAUUCAUUUCUAGUCAGUAGUAACAGUGAGAUAUUCUCAAAGAAUCUGAAUGAGAUGGACAUCUCAUUGCUUCUCCAACUUUAAACAAAGCCAUUUUCCACUAGUUUUCAUGAAUAUUGUUUGAUAUGUUGAUACAUUUUAUUAGCUCAUUAGUACAGAGUGGACUGUAAUAUGUUAUAUGUUUCAGUUUUACAUUUGAAUUAACUGCAGAAACAAAAGCAAAGAAAAGUUAAAAACUGUGCCUUGAAUUAAGCAUAACUGUUUAAUUACAUGAUUUUUUUUCAAUUUUGUGAACCAUAAGAAAUAAAUCACUAUCUUGGCUCAGGGCCUCACUAUAAUGUUAUUAUUGGUUAGAUGCUCAUCUUUUUAUGCAUUUAUUUAUUUGUUGUAUUGUAUCUACAUAUUUAUUUAUUUGUUUAUUUAUUUAGCAAUUAUUUAUACCUAAUCUGAAUCCAUUAUUUAUAAUAACAUACAUUUUUGUAUGUUUUCACUCUUCAAGUUCAACAUUGGGAAAUUCAUUUUGAGUCACAAUGGGGCAGAUGAUCAAGAGUUUUUAUCAUUUUCAGAAAUGGUAUCAGAUUGUCAAGCAAUACUAUUACAUAGGUUAGAUAGGAGACUGUAGUAUUCUGCAGUCUGAAUUUGUAAAAUGUUUAUACAUUUAAGGAGUCGGCCAGUCUUCAUUUUGGAGCAAUUUGGAUAUGCUUUCCAGUAUGAGGGAGAGAUACUCAAGGGAUAUGAUAUUCAGCAACAGUGGGAAGUGAGUGAGCUACAGUGGAGCAGCAGGAUUAUUUAUAUAGUAUUGGGUUAUGUACCCUAAGGAUACUUCUAAGCCCUCUUUACCUCAUCUUAGUUAUUUAUUUUAAACACUGUCAGAAUUUUACACACACACACACACACACACACACACACACACACAAAGUGGUACCUUGUUAUAUAACAUUAGCAAAACUUUAAUUCAAGAUUUGAUGUUAGGAUUCAACAAAUAAAUGCAGAUUCUUUACACUUACAACACAAGACAUAUCACCUUAAUACACCAUGCUGCAUGUGAAGGUGUGCAGUGUAACAUUUUUUUUUUUUUUCUUUUUUUUUUUUUUUUUUUUUUUUUUUUUACUUAUAUCAAAGGUAUUGAAUUUCAGUAGUGUUGCAUUGUAGAACAACUGGUCAGCAUGGUUAAUUAUAAAUCAGUCUGGUACCCAAGAAAAAUGUUAAUUAAAAUGAGUGAUUCUUUUAUAAAUUUCAGUAAUACAUACUUAAUAAUAGCAGUUUUAUAGCUGAUUGGUUUACUCAAUUGCCACAUGUGGUAAUUACACUCAUACACACAAAAGAUAAAUAAAUUUAAAAAAUUAUAUCAAGUGUGACACUGUAAUUUAUGCAGUUUAACACCAAAAAUUCCUCUCCAAAAUAUCUUGGUACCAGAAUUCACAUUAAAAGCUUUUUAAUACCUCUAAUAAUUGGAAUACCUUACUUUUAAUAUAAAAAUAUAUAAUAAGUUUGAUCUAGGUUAGAAAAUGCAGCUGAUCAGGCAUUCUCAAAACUUGAACAUAUAAAAAAAAAAAAAAAGAUAAAAAAAAUUGUGAAACUUAGUCAAGCUGAAAAUGGAGAAAAAAAAGCAUUAACCUAAGAAAAUUAUAUGCACAAGUUUUCUUUUGUUGUGUGUCAAGGUACCACUUUUCUUCUUUCUUUUUUAAUAGGUAAUGUUUUAGGCAGCAUUUUACAUGGAAGGUUUUUAGUGGUAUGUCCAUGUGCUGCACUUAGUAUUUUGUUAGGCAGUAGUGGUGUGUGGGAUGGAGAAGGUGAGGUGACUUUUGACCUUCAGUGUCCUGUGAUAUGUGUUGCUUUGGUAUGUAUAGAUAACAUCUGUAGCAUUUUUUGAGAAUUUUAUUGUGUAAAGAGUAGUAGACUUUAACUGAUGUUACAUUCAAGAACACAUUAAAAUAUUUGGUCAGUGUGGUUAGGAAAGCAGAAAAUGUUGAUAGAAAGAUUCACAUACCUGCCAUAGGUGCAGACAGCUUUGUGUUCACUAGGUGCUCAGUUGGCAUCGGAAGAGCCAGACGAUGUGAUACUAGACUUUUACCAGUACAGAAUUAUUUAAUACAUUUUUUUGCAGUUUUCUCUUAGAGAACCUGUAAUUUGUAAAAGAUACUUUUUAUUGAAGGCUUCAUGUUGAUGUGACAGAACACAAUGCCUGACCUGGUGUGCUCAUUGAAUGAUCUCACAACCGGAUUAUGCUGCAGUUUCUGAAAAAGCUUACCAGAUCAAUAUUAUUACUAUGUAUUGUACAGUCUUAUUUUGUAAUUAUUUAUUUAGUUUAUGUAUAGUUUAUGCUCUGACUAAAAAUGCCUUUUCAAGUUUUAUAUUUGUAUGUGAUACUCACAUAAUCAUGGCUUUAAAAACAUGCAGUGGGCCAAAGUAGGAAGUUUCUCCUGGGCAUGAAUCUGUGUAGUAUUUUAGGAUAUUUUCCCUGUAGAUUUUAUAGAAAUAUAGAGAGUUAACGAAGGUGUACAUAGGAGAGGAGUUCCAGACAAAUGUUGGAAGUUAACAGGUGAAGCUUUUAAUGGUGAUGAGGUGUACUUUGUGAAGGUUUAAUGUCAAAUUGGGUGAUAGUUUGGGAUUAUGGUAGACUGACCAAGGAUAAUUAUUGUAUGUUUGUUCAUAGUACCGUUGUGUCUGGUUGAUCAGUAUGUAAUUAACAAGGUAAGAACAUGUGAUGUUGAAUAGGCCUUUGUGGCAUAUUGUUGUAGAAUUGAAGGUCAUGUUAAGAAGACUUUUUAAAGAGUGGGCAUAUGAAAAGGUAAUGAAUGUUGAUAUUUUAUUGUGUGUCACUUUGUUGUAAAGAUGUAGAAUGAAUAGUUUUUAUGUGAGAGGAUGACUGGUGACAGGAAGCCUCAAGGUGGGUCCAGAACUGAUGUACUGGUGGAAUAAUUUUAAGUAUGGAGACUGAUGUGGAACAAGGAUUGUUGAAAACAUUUUAAAAGUGCCAGAAGUUAAUGCUACAAUCACACUAUGGUGGAUUAAAACAGUGUAUUAGUUUAACUGAGGCAUCCCGCAUUGAAGAGUGCUCUCAGACCAAGUAGCCAACAAGGAGGGUUUUUGAUUGAACCAAUUUGGUCCUAGUUCAUUUUCUAACUCAGAAUGCCUCAGUUGGUGAGUUGGAUAUUUACAAGGUCUGUGUUAUGUUUUGGUGGGCAUGUUCUUUAAUUCAUUUUGUUUCCCAAAGAUGGAUCAUCUUUGACAAAUAUUAAGGGAAAAAAAGGAUCCAGUUUUGAUGAUGAUCAGCACUCAUAUAAAUACAUACAAAGAAUUGACAUUCCGUGACAAAUGUGUGCCAUUUCUUAUUUGCUGAACUGAUGAGAAAACAGAUCCAUCAUAAUGAGUAUAGAGAUCAAUUUUUCUAUAUGAUUUUAAACAGACCUUGCAAGUGAAGCAACAUUAUCAGAGGACUUAUCUGUGUAUGCCAAACAAGUGAGGACUUAUCUAUGUAUGCCAAACAAGUAAUCAUCAGAGAAAAAAAGAUUUUAGCAGCAUACUGCUUGAAAAAUAUAUUUCUAGUCUGUUUGAUCUUUGGAUAGUAGUGAUAGCAUUGUUGCUUAGUUUAUUAUGGGAAUAAUGAUCUCUUUUAGUAUUUGACAUCAAUCUACACACACACACACACACAGCUUUAAAUAUUGCAUGUUAUUUUCAUUUAGGUGUUUGACAUCUGUUGAUAUUAUUUGUAAUAAGUUUUACUUUAUAGUAAGUUUUAUUUAUAAGGUUGAGUGAAGGAACUAAUUAAUAGAGCAGUUUUAUUUGCAUGGUUUUACAGAUCUAACACAAUCCCAUACAAUCUUCAAAUCAAAUAUACUAGUCUUUCUUGACACAGUAAGCACAUUGCCCGUCCAAAAGCAUUGCACUGUAAACAGUUGUUUUACAUUUUCUCAAUUCGUUUAUUUAUUGAAAGUAUCUUUUUUUUUUUUAUGCAACUUGUAUUCAAUCUAGUAUUUGAGAUAUUCUAGUAUUCCAUCUUCAAGAAUAUUUCAAUACAUUACUUAGCUUCAUAAUGUGUAGUCACCUUACAGAUACUGAAUUAUAUGCCAAGGUAAGUGGCAUUUGUCAUUUUUUUAAUGGGAUUUGUCAUUAGCAAGGGGAUGGACAAAAAGGAGCAAUCAAGAGAGAGAGUGCAUUGGGUCAAAGGCUGAUCAACCCAAAUUACAGCUUUCGUAAAAAUGUUUAUAGAUGACUUCCAAAGUUUAAAAUCUUAGACUAUCUACAUGUGAUCAUAUAUUUAAGCCAUUCAAUUACAUUUACAACAAAGUGCAUGGAUUCAUGUGUAUAUUUCAUGCAGUGAGGUCAGUGAGGAUUGGCCAACUUCUCUAGAGACUGAGAGGCUAAGAUGAGAGGGGAUGAUGGCACCGUAUGGGAUUUAUAUGUAACAGAGUAAAACUCUUAAUGUUGUGUGUGUAUUGUCCUCCUUUCAUGGGGGAUGUCAGCCUGGUAUGUAAAGAUUGAUUUUUUUUUCCAGUUUUCUCAAAUUAUUUCAAUAGCACUUAAGUUCCUUAAACUUCCCAUGCUUACACCCUCAUUACUAGGCCUGUUGCUGUCAAACUUCCCAUGCUUACACCCUCAUUACCAGGCCUGUUGCUGUCAUGUCAUGGGCACUUAGGGGAAGGGAUUGCUUUGACAGCCCAUGCUGCCUUGGACCACAACCCUCAGUCCAACUAAUUUUGCCCAUCUCCAGUUCUCUCUCUCACCCAUCUUCGUCCUACCCUGAUCUCUUCCUUAUCCUAUCUAUGGUUUGAGAGCCAUGCUUAAGGGAUGCAAGGCCUUAGAGCUCAGUUGCAAAAGGCCUGAAGGUGCCAAGGUUACCCUGUACAAAUAUGUUGCCCUUACUCCCCUUGGGGGCACUGAGGAAUUAUUAUUAUUUUUUUAUUUAUUUAUUUUUUUUUUUUCUCUCUCCACAAUUAACCAGGGUCACAUGCCCUUUAAGUAAUGGGGCUUCAGAAACUGCCCCUAUGCAAUCCCCCAUGCUUCUCCCUGUUUUUCUGACUUGCCUCUGUCCUAGCCUACAGCUUCUACACUAUUUCCAAUCACAUCUUCUCCAGCCUAUUGUUCCAGUAAUGUAACACAACUAUACAUGCCACAAUGUACCCAACCUGUAUGGCAUUCCUGUGAUUGCACUGCUAAGACUGUCCCUGCCUCCUCAUACCCAUCUACUAAUCUUUCUUUCUCUUACCUCACUGUUCAAGCCAACAAAUUGGGACAAGUAUUUAAUUUCUUCCAUAGCUCCCUACACUAGCAAUUCCUUGAAAUUUCAGUAGUGCUUACAGACUAAUUCCGCCGCUUGGCGAUAAUAUUGGUUUUUGGGUCUUCCCAUCUUUAUUUUUUCACCGAAGUGAAUAAUAUUUCUACACAAUGUAUGUUAGUGUGUAAUGCUUCUAUUCCAGUAGUAUGAUAAAGAUAGCUUCCGUAAUUUUUUUGCAAUGCAUUGUAUUUGGUGAUAACGACAGACAUUCAAAAAAACGCUAAAACAUCAAAUCUUGGAAUACUAUGGCAAUUUCCUCUUAACCACAGAUAAUAAACACAUGGAAGUACAUUUUGUACUAUUUUCGUACACAUAGCUAAAGUUAUGACAAUUUUAUGAGACCGCAAAAUGUUACCCCUUUUUUUUGUCAGAAAUUCAAGUUUAAAAAUCUCCCAUAAAUUUAUUUGAGAGAAUUAAUGAGUGAAUAUAGUACAAAAAGUAAAGGCAAGCAUGGUGAUCAUUUUGCUGUAAAAAGUUUUGAAAUUGUUCAGUUAUUGACAGAGUUAUUAAUUUUUUUAUGUGAAAAAAAUAGUUUUGAGAAAAAGCCACUUUUGUGUAACAGAGAAUCUCUAUUUCUCCAUAAAAAUCACUCCAACAUGCACCAAAUCCUAAUAUCUACUUACUUAAUUCCUUGACCAUUCCUGGGAGGUUGGUAGUGGCUGUUUAGGUACUUUCGAGCCUUGUAAUAUCACAUUUAUGUCACCUGUAUAGCCUGUACCGAAGGGGAGCUCUCCCUUGCCUGGUGGAAACCUCUAAGAAAAUCAAGGCUCCUGGUCCCCUGUUAUUAUCAUAUUAGAGUAUGUAAUAUGCUACUGAGAUAUUACAUAUAUCUAAUAUGAAAAUAGCAUAUUCAUAGGGUAUCAGUGGAGCCCACCCACCUCAUUGUUGCCAGGAGAGGCGAUUUUCUUAGAAUCCACUGGGCUGGUACUGAGGGUCUGGUUUUGUCUUUUCUAUCUUCCGUGGCGUCAGUUUUCUCUUGUCCAUUCUCUGUACAGACAACGCACCAGCUGAAGCCAGAGAGAAUCCGAGAUGCUGAAGAAACACUUUGGCCUCAUAUCCAAAAUUGUGAUCCAGAACAGUGAGCUGGGUCACAAAAUCCAUUCUCUGAAGGUCAGCAAACUUUGCUUUGCUCUGGUGGUGCCAAAGCUUGCCAUGAAAGCUUUCAUUCCAGUUCUGGGUCUCUCCUCACAGGCACCUUUCAAGGAGAGGAGUGCUUGAUAAAUCACGGUAGAUAGCCCUCACCUGGUCUUCAUAUUUCUUGUCAAGCCUCAGAUAAUUCUUCAUUAUGUUGUGGGAGGGGAGAGGCUUGCCUUCAUCUCUUGCCUUCUUGAAUACACACCAAGAAGAAUCACAUAAAUUGUGGUGAUGCUUGCCAUCCCCAUCCUUGGAAAUAGCAUGAAAGAAUCCAGACAUAAUUCUCAAUUUCAUUCUUAUAACAUCAGUGUCAACAGUGUCCCUUAUUGCUUUCCCAUAAUACCUCUGAAGGGCAUCAAUCUGUUUAUCUGUAAGCUGAUGCUUACCACCAACUAAGCUUCUCUUCUGUACUCGUCCUGUUUUAGUUACUCUCUCCUCUUUCAGUUCCCCCUUCAGCUUUCUGAGCCGUGUUCCCAUUCUUUUUUGUACAUGGUUGAUGCACUCCUCUUUCUUGACAGUGUGGCUAGCGUAUGGUCCUUUUCCACUGUUCAAUGAGCACACAGCGUUGAAGGAAUUAGAAUCUCCAUCACUCAGGAAAGUCACAUAUCUGUAUCCUUUCCCCUCACUUCUUUGCCACAUUCUUAGUGCUCCUUCAGGCUCCAUAGCCCCUGGUAAUCCAUGAAAGUUUGCUUGGCACUUUCCUGAAUGGGCUUUUCUAUACCAGUCAUCAAAAGUAGCUGGGUCUUUUUUCUCAUAAUUGCACGAGCUCUACAUAAGUUACUAAGAACUUCAAAGUCAAUGAUCAUUCCUGAGUACAUGUCCAUAACAAAGGCUGCACCAAUUUUAUUUUUGUGACCUCUUGUGAGCCAGGUGGCAUCAGAACUACAAUGGAUAUUCAGUAUUUCAUCAUCAUCUAUGUUUUUCCCUUCAUUUUCAUAUGAUUUCACAACACAGGCCUUCAUCACACUUUCAUGUUCUUUGUAACAAUUUUCCAUUUUCUUAUAUAAGAAUUGGGAAUGACGGGUGAAGGCACGUGAAGUCAUUUCCUGGGCACCCAUGGCAGCUGUGAGACGUGAUAGCCCGGCGCUGCCAUAUCCCUCUGCGAGAGAGUGGUAAACAUGAACCACAUUCCCUUCUGUCAAGACACUGUUGGUGCAUGUUUUUGGUUCAGAAUGAUGUACAGUUUCAUUACACUCUUCACCUAUCAGGUUUAUUGUACAAUCAAAGUAUUCAGUCGUUAUUUUUGAGGUAACCUGGUUGCCACAAUUACAGUUUAUCAAGUUGAGCACUGUUUGUAGCCUUGACAAUGAUAUAAUGACCAUAGCACUGUCAUCACUAGAUUUGUGGGCCUUCUUCAUCUCUUCCGGCAAUAAACUGUGUCUGUAACUUGCAGAAGACUCAUAACUUUGCCGUGGAAGAGAGAAAUCUUGUUCUGAAGUAGUGGCAGAUGGUGAGACAGCUAUGCUCUCGCUCUCGGCGGCUGCUGCUGGGAGUGAGGGAGAACGAGAGGGAGAGCCCUGUCUCUCUUGCUCUCCUCUCCAUCUUUUCUUUAUGUUCUGUCUGCCCACUUCAUUGUGCGCCUUUCUCUUAGCGCUUUGGCGUGGCAUUGUCACUUAGAGCAUCCAAAAAUACCACAAAGAAAUCCGCAUACAAGGUCUGGGAGCAACAGGUUGAUGCUUAUUAUCGAUCCACACUGAGUCAUUAUGGCGCCGUGGGCGCCAGCCACACAACUCUCCUCCUAAACUGUCGUACAAAAACAUCAAUCACAAAAAUUCCAAAGAACAGCCAAAAAAAUGAAAGAAAUACAAGAAAACAAAGGUUACAGCAAAAGUGGGCGUGGCAGCAGAGUGGGCAUUUAAAUGGCGGGCCCUUUAAACCUGCAUUAUAUGGAGAAGGGAACGCUUUUAUGCCCGGCAGGUGAUCGCCUGGGCUGUGAGGCAUCAUUUGCCGAAAUUUCAUAAAUUCGAAUAUUUUCAACCUGAAAGGCAGAAUUUCACCCUUAAGUCCCCUUUAGGACCUGAUCCGAUGGUUCCCGCUUAGUGCAAGUGAACUGCAAAGACCUUGACCACAAGGAAACUAUUGACCUUACUGACAACCUGAUCUUAGUGACUCGUAAUGAAAAACUAAACACACAAUGGAACACCAUUAUUUCCAAGAGCCACUGUCCCACUGACAGUACCCAAUGGUGAGACUGCAGACAAGACCUAUUAAAUGGUUAUGAUGCUGUGAAAGUCAUCUACUACACUCCCCCCCCCUCAUAGCUAUCACAGGCAUGAUAUCUAUACAGCACAAAUCACAUUCAAAUGCCAAACCCUCCCUGAUACCAUCCAUAUUGGCAUAGAGCUAUACCCAGUUCAACCUUACAUCCCUCACCCUUGACAAUGCAGAAAUUGCUGGUGCUUUGGCCAUCUGGAUUUGUUCUGCCGUUCCUAACUCCGUUGUCCAAUCUGUAUUUCUGAUCACACACGAGAAGCAUGUCCCUCACUUAGUCACACUUGUGUGAACUGCAAGGGCCCACAUAACAUCAUUCUCCAUGGUUGCCCAGUUUACAGAUUUGAAUGUUAAGCUGCAGCAAAUAUAAACAUGGCCUAACUCUGAGAGAAGCCAGGUAUGAAGUAGUUCACUUAGGUUACACCCCUAUGCCCUACUCACAAAUAGUUGCCCAGCCUCCUCCAUCUACAGUAACCACUACAAACCCCCUUACUACCUCCCUUCCCUCCUUCUCUUCCAUCUACUUUCUCCUCCCCUUCUAUUGCCUGCGCUAAACAUUUCUUGGUCCUCAAUUCUGACAUCCUGACUUCUCAUCCACCUUCCACAUCUACUAUUGUCCAUUAGUCCCUCCCACAAUGCCACCAUAAACUACACUCUCAGGCUUGCCAUUCCACUACAUCAAACCCCUCCAAGAGACCUUGUCCCUCUUCACUGUCCAUCUCUUCCUCAUCUCCAGAAACCAUUGAACAUAUCACAGAAUUUAUAACCAAUAGCUAACUACCCACUUCCCAUCCUCCUUCUCUCCAGUGCCUUAUGGUUACAGUUGUAGCCUAAGCAUAAGUCUACCACCCACCUUUCCCCCUUCCUGCUACCUCUCCAUCACCCUCUCUGACCUUACUUUUUAUUUCUCAACAUUUCUCCUCCCCCUCUCCAUCCAUUUCUCCCCUUCACCACAAAUCCUUCCCUAGUAAAACCCCUCACAACCACCUCCUCCACAGCCUGUUCUAUGCACACAGACCCUCAGCUGUCAAGAGAGACAAUCUUAGAUAUCCCUUUACCUCCUGGCUAUACUCAUGAAUCCUUCUCAGGACUCACUCAUCCCAUCCCCUCUCCUAAUCCUACAACCCCUGCCCCUCUUACCCAGCCCCACCCUACUCCCUCCUCAGCCCACCCUACUCCCUCCUCACCUAAGUCUAGCUUUAACACCUCACUCCCUCAGAGCCAAUACUACCAAUUUCUGACUUUCCUCCUGAAGCCUUACCAGCCACCCCUGCCUCCCUUGAUCACCACACACCCCUGAUCUCUGAAACACCCAUUCCAAGCAUUAUUACUUGAUAUCCCCAUAUGUCGUACAUUUUACAAUGGAAUUUCUGUGUUUUUCAACCCCACAGGGUAGAUUUAAGUCAUCUUAUCUCAUGCUGUGAUCUUAGUAUCAUAUGGCUUCAGGAACCUCUUCUUAUACAUUCACUCACUCCUAUUCCUAACUACAACUUUAUCUCCUUACCUCCCUCUAUUUCCUCUACUUCUAUCCUUGUUCAUUACAAGACAGCCUAUAUUUCUCUUACCAUCCCUACUCCAGUCAAUGCAAUAAACCUUAAUACAAGAUUACCUUUCCUGCUGGAUAACUAUCACCAUUUUAUAUAUAUCUCUGCCCUUCCCAAUCAAUAGACUUUGAUGCCCUUCUCUUUUCUCACAACUUCAGCCUCCUAUUUUAUUGCUCUGUGACCUUAGCUAUCACCACAUCCUGUGGGGCAAUAUUGUCACUAAUACCCAAGACUGGUCUCUUGAACAAUUCCUCAAAUAUAAAAAUUUUACUUUGUCAUCCUGAACUCCAAUGAUCCCACCCACUUCAACCUAAGAACCAAAACCUCUCAAGUCUAUACCUUUCUCUGUUCUCUCCUAACCUCUCCUUCAGUUUCCACUGGUUAGUCUGCAGUGAUCACUUUGAUUAAAUUUUCUUCCAAAUUCUACAGCCCAGUCCCAAACCACCCCCUUACAGGUGUUUUGAUAGGGUUGAUUGGCCUCCUUUCACCUCUCUUUCUGCUCUAUUCUUUCCACCUUCUUCCUUCCCUUCUGUCUCAGAUAUGCUGACAUACUUUUUACCAUCACCAUCGUCAGGGCUGUCUUAGCAGCCAUCCCACACACAACCCUUCCCUUCACCUCCAAAAUGUGUUCCCUGGUAGGACUCGUGCUGUGAUAAGGCCCUACAGCUAAAAGGUGCAGCUAUUGCUGCUCCAGGACAACUUUCAGUACUUCAGUACUUAUUUCUUUUAAAUGUGCUUCUCCUCACCUCAAGUGAAUAGUGCUUGAAGUUAAAAACAAUUUCUUUUAAAUGUGCUUCUCCUCACUUCAAGCGAAUAGUGCUUGAAGCUAAAACAACAAUCUGGUGUAGAUAUGUCUUCUCAGUAACUACAGUCACAUCUUUCUCUAUAGUGUGCUUCCAUAUCCACAAGAAGAUAUCCGGCAAACAACUGCCCAUCUUGCUCCUGUCCUUCACCUUCAUAACACAAAGAUAGUUGACCCUUUACAAGUUGCUAACAAACCUGGCUCCUUCUUUAGUCAUCUUAAGAGCAGUUCUCCUCCCUCAGUUUACAGCCAUUAAGAUUGACAAAGAAAACAAUCCUACAUCCUCCAAACUCAUCCACCAAGUCCUACAAUGCCCCCUUUUCCAUCUCAGAACUUACUUCAGCUUUAAAGUUUUGUCACAACACUAGUGAGGGCUCUGACAGUAUCCAUUAUCAAAUGCUCCAUCAUUUACCUUCAUCUCGCUAUCCUUCUCACAAUUUUUUACAAUUGUCCCUGGGUGAAUGGGGACUUCCCAUCUCCCUUUCCUCAAACUAAAUAAAGCUAGGUACCCUCCCCCAAGAUUACUAAAAACUCAAACAAGCUGCCUCUGUAAAUUACCAGAAAGAAUGGUAAAUCUCCAACUAAUGUGGUACCUAGAAUAAAAAAAAUCUUCCCUUCCCAAUUUGGCUUUAGAAAGGCACUACUACUUUCACAUGACAUGAGUUAGUCUUGCUGUGUCUCUCUCUCUCUCUCUCUCUCUCUCUCUCUCUCUCCAGAAAAGCCUAUGAUACUUCUUGGUGUUUCUGUAUCUUAAAUCAACUGCAAUCUCUUGGCAUUAAGGGCAGUAUAGAUGUCUCUCUCCACUCUCUCUCCAAUUGCUCCUUCCACAUGAAGGUUUCUUCCACUGUCUCUAACUCCUUUCCCCAGUAUAAAAGGCAUCCCACAAAGAAGAAUUUUAAGUUCCACCCUCCUUCUCAUCGCCGUUAAUGAUCUUAUGUUAAUAUUACCAAUAGGUAUCCAUUUUCUCUCUACAUCAAUGAUGUUGCCAUUUAUGCCUCUGACCCAUCCUCUUCUUCCUUGCAUUGUCUUAUCCGAAGUUGCCAUUUAUGCCUCUGACCCAUCCUUUUCUUCCUUGCAUUGUCUUAUCCAAAUUGGAAUCCAUGCCCUUUCUUCCUAGGCUACUGCCCAAAUUUCCACUUUUCCCCCUUGAAAAACCUUUUCCAUCUUCUUCACUUGGCUCCUUAAAAUCACUCUCCCUCCUCUGCUUCACUUUUAUGAUAGAUUGUUACAGUACCACUCCACAGGACAGUUUCUGGGCUUGAUCUUUGAGUCUUAUCUUACUUGGGCAACACAUUAAAAAUACAGCUUUAUGUGCCUUCACCUUCUACAAACAUUUUCCCACAUCUCAUGAGAUGCAGACCAUAAAACCCUUCUGCACUUACAUGAUUUCUAGUUUUUCUAGUCCUAUCAAUCCCAGACUGUGGCUACCACAUUUAUUCCUCCGCUUCUUCUUCUGUUCUCAACUGCCUUGAUUCUGUCCAUCACCUUGGCCUCUGCCUGGCCCUAGGUGCCUUCCAUUCCUGUUGAGAAUUUCCAUGUAGAGUAAGGACUCUCUUUCCCUCCCCACCCUCAAGCUUUUCUCUUCAAGCCUUUACUUGCAACCACCUUAACGCUUGCUGUCCCUUUCCCAUUUACACACACCCUCUCUACCUCACGAUUAUCGUUGCCCUUCCCCUGUGCACCCAUUUCUUACAACCUUCUUUUCCUAUUCUUCAUCCACUUACCUCUUACAUCCCCCAAUUUCCCCCUUGGUUGAGUCCUCCCCCAUCUAAUUGCACUUCUGUAUUCCAUGAUUCUUCAGCAAAGAUCAUCAUUCCCCCUCAUGUUCUUCAUCCUUUCCACACAUGCUGACAUCACUCCUACAUAUAUACCAACAGUUCAAAAUCUACCUUAGGUUCCAGCUUUGCAAUACUCCUUCCUACCACUCUCUCAAUAUCAUCUACUCAAGAAAGCCAGUGUCCUUACUAUGGAACUGUGUGGUCUGACCUCAUCACCAAUUAUAGGAAGUCAAACCCUCCAUCUCCUCUUGGUCACUACUAUUCCAUGAGAAUAGGCAAUGGGAAACUGCCCUAGCCCAUUUAUGUAUAGGCCACACAUGCCUAAUGACCAGGGGCUAUAUUAACAGAUUCUUAACCUUCAUCUCAGCCUUCUGCUUAGACUUGUACUUAUCUCUCGAGUGUGCUUGAAGUUAUGCUGAGCCUUGCAUGAGCCAAAUCUUAAGCCUCAGUAUGAAAUGGUGAAACAGCAAAACAGUAAAAUGUUGUAUUUCUUAAUUUUGAGUUAAUAGUGCAAUCUUUUUACAGUAAAAUCCCUCUCAUCUGGCAUUCGAGUAUCCGGCAGCUUCAAGUAUCCGGCACAUUUUUCCCCGAGCCUUAAAAUCAAUAAAAAAUCAAUGUGUACUCAUAAAAUCGAUUAAAAUUCCCGUGCGAGGCAUACUUUGUCCCCUCGCCACCAGAGCGUACUGCUUCACACCACCCGCGGCCCACUGCACUGUGUUUACUCAGUGACUCGGUCCCACGUGUGCACUGUUUAUCGUCUGACGCCUUCAUCAUGCCUAAAGUUGUAGAAAAGAGGAAGCGUGUUGUGCUUACACUUAAGCAGCUGAUCAGAUCAGCUGCUGAUUAAGAUCAGCUGAUCUUUGUUAUGGUAAGAUGUGUGAAUGUAGGGUGGUGAUUGUGGACAUAAUUUCACUUCUAUUCAAGUAUCCGGCAAUAUUCAAGUAUUGGUCCCGUUGAUGCUGGAUAAGAGGGAUUUUACUGUACUUUUUUUAUAACAAAAAUAAUAAUUCAUCGAUUUUGAAAGGAAAUGAGUACAUAAAUUUGUGUUUGUUGAUAAGCCAGCAUUGUCCCACUACUUCCACUUAGCAGCAGCACCUUUCCUGUCUUUUCCUUUAGUAUGGAGAUGAUGACCCCUAAUGCUGGAAAGACCAAUCCAGCCAGCAAGACUUUCUUUCCUCAUUCAGCAGCACAAAAAAGCUGCAUAGGGCUCUAUUACUAAGAAGGUAAAUGAGACAUGGCAACAACAGGACACAGGAAGACUCAAGGUCAUCAUUGCUGCACAGCUGCAUUUCCCACUUGCUAAGUAACAGUGUAAUUAUUACUUUAAUUGCUAGCAUUAGUGUAUCACUCCUGCAUGUCCAACAGUUCAGACUCGCUCAGAUCAUCAAGAACAUCCUUACAGUGCUGAUAAUUCUUGAGGUGGCAGACUCAGGCUCGAUGGUCAGCCAUCUUUGCUUGCUUAGCCUAGACUUAGCAUAACUCAAAGUUGAGCUACCUCCAGACCUGACAUUUUUGGCACUGUAAGACCUAGACUCCACACAACUUGGAAAGUUAACCUUUAUAGUAAUUUACAAUCUUUUUUACUAAGGUAACAGAUCUUUCCCCACUACUUUGCUCAUUUUAAUGAUAUUCCCUUGUCGCUCUCACACCUUGACCUCAUUCCACCCGAGUUCAUACUAUACUACACUGACAUCCCCCUUAUAGAAGAGUAGCUACACAACACAUAAGCAUCUUUCUUAUCUUCUAGUGUUUUAGAGGAGAGAAAACCAAUCCAACCCCACUCCAUCCUGCAGUAUGGUCAGUUGUAUAGCAUAACUGGAAAACUGACAAAUUCCUUUGAAAAACACAAAUGCCUGUUCCUUUUCCUGCACUUGACCAGAAUGUCCUCAUGACUAUGCUCCAUUCAUCUCUAUCAUGCAUAAUCAUUCUUUAUGGACAUCCCCCUGCAUCUAGUGCUUUUAAACACUGUUUUCACCUAAACCUCAUAGUAACUGCAUAAAGUUACAAGGCAAGACACCCUCUGGUCCCUUUGAUAAGGGUCUGUAAUAAGUGUGCGUGCAUCCAUCACUGGAUCGUGACUUGCAAGUGAUUAUCAUACACUGGCAACUCUCCAUUAUUGGAUGGGAGGUUAGUCCUGGUUCACCCUCUUUUACCUCUUUCACCUCUUACCUGGUUUACCCUCUUACCUCUUUCCAUCACCUGAAGAUCACAUGCCACCAUAUUUAGCAUACCCCUUACUUUGUCAGGAUCAUUAGAAAGAUUGCUCAAGGAAAAGACUCAAAUUCUUGCCUUACAUGAAGCUUGCAUUGGCUAGAAGGAAAUAUCAGAACAUACAAGUCACAUGUGUAUGGAUGGCAGUGGUUUUUGUGCCACUCAAGAAAGCAAGUGCUCUACCAAUUAGCCAAAUUCUACCUCACCCUUGUUUCUGGACAUCUGGGUGAGUUUGUUUGAAUUCUAUGGCUGUGGUUCAGUGGCUGUGGUUCAGGAAUUCUUCACAACCACUUGUCUGUAGCAAGUGUGUACAUCAAGAAACCAGGGCAUAAGAUGUAAUUUGGCCAAAUGGUAGAGGAUGUACUUUCUUUACUGCAAAAACUGCUGCCUUGCACACUUGUACACUACAGUAUUUCUUUCCAACCAAUGCAGACUUCAUGUAACAUGAUUUCCAAUUUUUUCCUUGAGUUGUCAUCUUUCCAAUGUUUUGAAAAUCAAAGUAUGAAGUGGCAGGCUAAAUGUGACAGCAUGUGAUUUACAGGAGGUGGUACUAACCUCCUCUCCAAUAGCUCUGAAGGUGCCUGGCCUUGAAUCCAGUGACCAUGCUACAGCCUAAUGUCUAAUUGAGUUACCAAAGUGGAAUAAUCACCUGGAAGUGAUGGAUGGGUGCAUUUACUGCAGACCCCUUCAUGGAAACUAGAGAGCAUCUUGCCUUUUGUAACUUUAUCCAAUUACUGUACAUCUUUCAUAUUGGAUCUCAUUUUCUUAGUAUAGGGCAAGAUAGCCAGGUGGUUACAGGAAGACAUCAUUUGGCUGAAGUGGAUAUUAAGUAAAUCUAUGGAGUGAUGCUGGAUGCCAUCUUAUACUACUCCUGGAAAACCUUCUUAACUGUCUGUGAUGAGACUUUAUGGUUUGUUUGCUUGUUUGAGUGCUUGAGAUAACAUUAAAUGGAGUGUGAUGGGUGUAGCAUCAAUUCUUGUUGUAUGUGUGUUUGUCAAAAAUAAGAAUUACUGUAUAUUGAGAUGUGUUUUCACUAAUGUAGUGAUGGUAUGUAAGCCACACAAUCUGCAAGGGAGAUCACACAUUUAUACAUAAUACACUGAUACUGCAAAAUAAAGUGUAAGGGGGCAAGCUGUGUUUGAAAUGCAUGUUGUAUGCUGAAACAAGUACCACAUGGUUAGCUAAAUCAAUUUGUGAUCUAAAACCCACAGAUGCUUGUGGGUAACCCUUUUUCAGUGCCACACAUCCAAGUGAAAAGUUGUGGAAUGGUCAUGCACAAGGCAUUUGUUUCAGCAUACACACAAAAUUCCAAUUAAAACCCCUCACCUCCAUGCAAUUAGUUUUGCACAAUCAUCUGGUUAUUGGGGAAUGACAGAGGUGAUCUAUUCCUAUACAGGUUGUGGCUUACACAUCACCAGCACAUUAACAAGACCACAUUUAGUGAUGAAACACUCAACUUGGGUCAAACACCACAUCAGUAAAAUGACACAACAUAUCACACACUACUUAAUACUGAUCUACACAGGUACAUCAAAAAGCUCAUACCGAUCUACACAGGUACAUCAAAAAGCCCAGUCUAUGGUAGAGUUGCCUUGCAAAGAAGAAAACUAUAUUUCCACAAAUGGUUGAAAAGCCUUAAUGGGAAAGGAAAAGGCUAUCCAGCACAUCAUAUAUAUCAUAUUGUAUUCUUUUUUUUUUCCCUAUAGCUUACUCUCCCUAUAGCUUACUCUCCAUUAGGAAAAAUUUUCAAAAGCCUUUUUUUUUUUUUUUUUUUUUGCUGGAUCCCUGUGGGAAAGAAUUUAUGGUGAGUCAGUGUGUAAGCUGUGUGCUGAACUACUGCUGCCAAUAACAUCUCCAUAACUUUGUUUUUGUGUACUUGUCACAACUAUCAUAAUUCAGAAAUACAAUAUUUGAUAUGAAGAAAGCACACCAGUGAAUGCAUUACCAACAUUGCCAUCAAGCUUUAGUCAUAAUCAUUGGAGUAAUGGCAAUGAACUCUGAGGGAGCCCAUGCAUAUUGUCAUGAUUGUUAUGUGGCAGCAAUGCUGCUUCACUCACAUACUUGACACCAACACUGGCAAUGCAUUUACUCAUGUACUUUCAUAAAUUCUUUAUUUCUUAUGAUAACCUUGAGUUUUGCAACAAUUAUUGCCAUUCAGUUUCCAUGAAGUAUGAUAAAACAAUAAGAAAUAUAAAGACAAAAAAAUCAUAUUUGUAAAUAUAUGGCAACAGCCAAUCAGCCCUUAGCUUACAAACUCACCAAGGCUUAGAUAGCUAUCUUGAAGAGAUAGCCAUAAUGUUAAAAGCAUUCAACCUAGAGUUCUCAAACAUUCUAUCAAUAAUUUAUUUAAUUAAUGCUAAUUCUCUCUCUCUCUCUCUCUCUCUCUCUCUCUCUCUCUCUCUCUCUCUCUCUCUCUCUCUCUCUCUCUCUC